AUGACAAAAUCGUCUUCAAAGCAACGGUUAAGUACCAUGGAUAUUCCAGAUCCAAUACCAGCUAACUUGCAUAAUUUAGACUUAUCGUACGCUAUCGAUACAUUCCAAGUGGGAACCUAUAAAAUGGAAGAUCUUCCUCAAACAUUGCCAGUUUUCAAUAAAAAAACUGGAAGUAUUACAAGGUAUGCAAAAGGAAGAAGAGUAACAAGUAUGCCUAUAUUGUCGCAUGAGCCCAAAUGUUUACCGGAGCUACCACCUAAAGUUGAAGUUAAACUAGGAAUGAAACGUAAUAUGAAGAGAUCUGUGUCAAUGUUUCCACAAAACAUUCCUUUGCAAGAUCAGCAAGAGUUCCUGAAGACUCGAUCCUCGGAAAUUAUCAUUAAAGACGAUAAGGACCUAGCAUCUGCGACUGCGAAAAAUACGCCUAUUACUGAAGCUGAUAGUCUUUUUUCUCAAACCAGCAUUAUUGAUUCUACCUCUGCAUCAUCUAUACCAAGUGAUGAGUUUACACAGAUGAGUGUACACUCAAGAAAGAGUAUUUUUGAAGUUAAUGAUCGAAUUAUUGACGACAGCUCGUCAAGCAUAUAUUCAGAAGUUGAUAUUGAAGAUGAUACUUUGGAUGAUAUUUAUGCAGUGGAAAUGUGCUUAGAAGAACCUGAAUUAGGUAGCAUUUUUGAUGGAUUAAGCUUAGAUGACAGCUUAUGGGACUCCGACAAAGAAAGCAUAAAAUGUCUGCAGGCAAAAACCGGAAGCUAUGCAAGCACGUCUAUUCUAGAGUAUUACAAUACUCAGAGUGACGAUCAAAUUGGAGUUCGUACACCUAUCAAACAAAAGAAUUCGCCCCGUAUUGAUACCAAAAAAGAACUCCCAAGUGUACCACAUUCUCCAGUUGAUAAUGGUCUAGUUUUGCCGAAGGUGAGGAAGAAUAGAAUACCAAGGCCAGCAUCAAUGUUCUCUAUGACAAAUCAGAGUAAUUUUUCUUCAUUUACAGGAUCAAAAAGUCUACAUGAAAGUAAGCAAGAGAUGAAAAGUGCUAUUAAUGGGUCGAUCGAUGUUUGUCUUGAUCCUGGUAACAAUUAUGGUUACUCAAGGUAUUCUUUUGGAAUUUCAAAACCCAGAGCAACAUCUACAUCAUUAUUGAGCCCUCUUCUGACCAGCUUCAAUACUUCUCCGAAUGUAAUUAAACCAAGAGCAUCGUCUACACAUCUCAUGAACAGCACCCAGUACACCGCUAACAUUACGCCCCACGUUGAAGAGACAUCGGCCCCUUCAUCACAUAAACUCAACACCGGGCGCUCAGUAUCUGCAUUCAUAUCAUCUACAUUUAGAGCAUUCAGUUCUGAAUUAAGCACAAUUACAAAGAAAUAA